GAAAACCGAGGCGUCGAGAACGGAACAGCGAAAGAAGACCCACGCCUUGCCAGUUGCCAUUUCCCUCGCCUCCCUCGCGAACACCGAAACGCCAACAAGAAAAACCCGGAGAGAACGAGCGUUUCAAUUUUGAUUCGAUCGAGAGAGAGAAAGAGAGAGAGAGAGUGAGUGUGAGUGAGAACGAAGAAGUCGGAGCUCUUCCGUUUCUUCUCCUGAUAAGCCGCACGAAUCGCCCCUGUCGCCGCCGCGCUGAACCCAAAUCGAAUCGACUAUGGCUCUGUGGAAUUGCUCCUCCAUGCACUGAGAUUUCCUCUUCGUUCUCAUCGAUCUGAAUUCUCCUUUAGGAUAAUGUUCUAUACUAUAAAUGGAGAGAAGUGAGCCUGCAUUGGUUCCACAAUGGUACAAGUUAGCAAAUGGGAGCAGUUCAAACAACGCCCUGCGGAUCAGCACUUCCAAACGCCCAGGUGAUAAUUGUAUGACGUUUGGAUUAAGGGAUAAAUUAAUCAGAGACCAAGAUAGGAAUUUGAGGAGUUUGAGUUCUAACAGUUCUAUUAAUCGGGAUAGAAGUAGCUUUGUUAAAACACAGACUUAUGGCAAUUUCCAAAGGUCUCGUGAGAACAACCAGGAGAAGAAUUUUGAUCACCUUAAUCGUGAAAAUAGGUCAUCUUUGAUUCACAAUGGCUUCGACUAUCAUGAUUCAUCUAGAGUAAGAGCUAAAAAAGAUUACAUGAGACGCUCCCACUCUAUGGUCACAGGAAGGCAACUCAACUUACCUAAAAGAGAGGAAUUUCCAUCACUUCAAAUUAAAAGGAGGCAGAGCUUUUCAGAUGCAGAUGUCGAAUUAUCUAUGGGUCCUAAGACUGCUGUCCACAGUCUUCAGGUUGCCACUCCUCUCAUAAUUGGAACCUCAGCUCUAGCAGAAGCACCUGUAAAAUUUGAAACUAAUGAAAAUGAUGUAGCAUCUGCAACUAAAAGCACUAUGGCAGAGACAUUAGCGCAUACUCCAUCACUGGUUGGCAACAAUCUUCAGAGGAUUGAAGAACUGGCUAUGAAAAAAUGCAAGCAGCUGAUUCCUGUGACACCUACAUUGCCGAAAUCCUUGAAUUUUAACUUAUCAGAAAAGACAAAAAUAAUAACUGCCAAAGGCAGAGGUGGGGAUUUAAGUUCUUUUACUAAGGUUGGCCAGCAGAUGAACCUUGCUGGUCGGCCACCAUCUAGGUCUGAUAUUACUAAGACAUCUCAAGCGGGAAACUUUCAAAUUCUUAACCGAGAGAAGAAUAGCAUCCUGCUUGCUGCCAAAGAUGGUUCCAGUGUUAGCAAAGUUAUCGAUCAUGCUGGGUUUGUUCCAUCUGUUGCAGUUCCUCCAAAGACCCUAGCUGAUCUUAAGCUUAGAGUUGAUGACAAGAAUGGCGCCUUCACACAGGUCUCCAAUGGGGAAAGAAAACUCCUUUCUCGUGCUCAGAACAGGAAUGAUUUCUUCAAUUUGUUGAGGAAGAAAUCAUUGACUACUUCAAGCUCUAUUUCAGACUCGGAAUCCAUUGAUGUAAUGGAGAAUCUGCAAAGCAAUUCACUUGCCAAUAUACAAAAGCAUUAUCAUCAAGGUCUGGAUUGUUCAACAGAAAGUGGAAAUUGUUCGAAUGAAGGUUUUUUAUCUACUGAUGGGACUGGUAGACUGUAUGUUGACAAAGAAGAAACUAAAUUGUGUCUGGAUGGCACCAUUGACCCGGAAGAAGAAGCCUUCCUACAAUCACUUGGGUGGGAUAAAAAUGCUGGGGAGGAUGCUUUGACACAGGAUGAAAUUGAUUCUUUCCGCAAGAAGUACGAGUCUCAGCGACCACUAAAGGCUUCCAUCAGCUAGUUUUGCACCUGGAUUUGGCGAACAAACGUGAGUUAGUUAUUAGUUGGUGAGGAGGAUUUGUGUUCUUUUUUGCCUUAAUCUCAGAGUGAUUAGAAUAUAUAGACUAAUCUCCUAUCUUAUGUUCCAUGACUAUAUAUUGAGGUUCCUUAUGCCGUGUUUAUCGCAA